GUUCAAGAGACUAGGCCCCUGGUCGCUCUUCAAUCCUUCUUAACCAGCACAGUCCCCCUUGAGGGCGAAGCAUUCAAGCAAGAGCACAAAGCAGCAAAGCAAUUACCAAGGCGCCAGCACAUCCCCAUCCACUUGAAACAAACAAAAAAGGCUUUAGCUUCUUAUUCUUCUUAUUCCUUACCCGACCCCUUGCGGUACAUCACCUCAGAAUUAUCUAUAUUAUACCCGCCCUGUCUGCCCUCUCCAACCUCGUCUCCAUCAUCAUGUCUGCCAGACCUUCAAGUCACCACUUUGGAUCAACAAGCUCAACAUCAUCAACACCUUCUUCAGGCUCCGACUCAGACUCUUCCAGCUCAGGACACAGAUACAGCAUGGACUCAAUCGCCCUCCCCAUCGCCUCUGUCGAGGUUCUUCGCUGCAUGCGAUGCGCUCGCUCAGUCGAGGCCACUUCUACCGACGACGUCAGCACCAUGGGAAUGGUUCGCAUCGCACACAACCUCUACUACUGCGAACGUUGCGCAAAGAUGGUCGGCUACAAAUAAAUGAAUCAACCAACACACAACAACUAAAGGCCUGAACACGAGUAACACAUGGAACUACUUUCAGCUUUUUUUUUCUUUUCCAGUGGGGGGAAACAAAUCACAUUACGACAUGGACGGUUAAUCCCCAAAGCAUUCAAUGAUUAUUCCAACCAGCCAACCCACAACAACCACCUUUUCGGCGCAAAGGAAAUAUGAUAUUCGGCUCUUAACCCCCAGCGUGCCGCAUAAAUGCAUCCCCCUCCUGCCAUUAGGGCCAGCCAGCUAUUUAUUGCAUUUGGCAUACCCAACCAACACCAAGAGCAAAGCCAUAUAUCGCCACAGAGCAAAGUUGACCAUCAACAUCAA